AUGAUCGCAAAGGUUCUUCUUCUUGCAGCUCUCGCUGCUGUAUCUCUCGCACUUCCCUACCAAGCACCCAUUGCUAAGGAAGAAAAACACGAACCCAUCCCCUACGAAUUCGGCUACGAGACUAACGAUGACAAAGGCACCACCACCUUCAGAAAGGAAAAGAGCGAUGGCAAAAAGGUGGAAGGAAGCUACGGAUACAAGAAUGACAAAGGUAUCGAACGAGUUGUAGAAUACGUCGCCGACGAGCACGGUUACAAAGCCCAGAUCAAAACCAACGAGCCUGGAACUGACAGCCAGAACCCCGCCGACGUCAUCUUCGAUGCUAAACCCAUUGUUAUUGAAGAGCCCAAAGCUGCCGCAGCACCCAAACCCCAAUACGAAGCUGUCCAAUCCUCCUCUACCCACGAACACAAAUACGAAGCCCGCAGAUAUGAAAUCCCUGCACCAAGAUACGAAGCCCCUAAAUAUGAAAUCCCAGAACCAAAAUAUGAAGCUCGACGAUACGAAGCCCCUAAAUAUGAAGUUCCUGAGCCAAAAUACCAAGCCCCUAAAUAUGAAAUUCCCGAGCCAAAAUACGAAGUUCCACGAUACGGAGCCCGCCACCAAUCAAGACAUUAUUAG